UUCGGCUAAAUUCGUUUCGACGCCGUGUAGCACCUAGCCGUAGGUAUAUUAUUGUGUGGCUUGCUUUCCUCUGCAUCGCGGGAGAAAAUUCACUGAUUUCAAGAAAAUGGCAGACAUCAGCAAGGAAGAACUUGAAAAAGAGAUCGCAAAGAUCCUUGAAAAUGCUAACCUGGCCAACACAUCAUCCAAGAAGGUGCGUCAGAAGCUGGAGAAGAGCUUCGGUUGUGACCUGAGCGAUAAGAGGAAGCUCAUUGACCAGCUAGUCAUGGACUAUGUUAAUAGCAAAGAAGAUGAUGGCUCCGCAGAGGAAGAGGAGGAAGAAGAAGAAGAAGAAGAAGAAAAGAAGCCGGCAAAGCGAGCGCCGCCCAAGGCCAAGAAACGCAAGGAAAGCUCUGAAGAUGAGGGCUCCGGCAGCGAAUCUGAUGAGAAACCAGCGCCAAAGAAGAAGGGCCGCAAGAAGAAGGGAUCCGAUGAUGAUGAUGACUGGGGCAAGAAGAAAGAGAAGGCGCCUAAGGCUAAGAAGGCCGGCGGGCGCGGCAAAGGCGGCGGCUACACGCGCGCCUACAAGCUGUCGCCCGCGCUGGCCGGCCUCAUGGGCGCGCCCGAGAUGCCGCGCCACGAGGUCGUCAAGCGCGUGUGGGCCAUGAUCAAGGAGAAGAACCUCUACGACCCCAACAACAAGCAGUUUGCUAUCUGUGACGACGCACUCUAUAAGGUAAUCGGAACGAAACGCUUCAGAACUUUUGGGAUGAUGAAAUAUUUGAAGACACACUUCUUGGACGAGUAAUGUAAGUUAACUAAGUGUAUCUAUCAAGGAUAACUCACACUCGUCAACAAUUUUCAAACUUUUCACUCUGUAGAGUGAUACAAUUCAGAAUCAUUUGGCAAAUAUGUCUCUAAAGAGUAUAAAAAAUGUAAAAAACGUAAUAAAGGCCAGUAUCUUUCACUAAUUAUAAGUUUAUUCUACUUUUCACUCAUACAGUCAAAAGUAAUACGCAUACGACGCUUCCAAAAUGAUCUUCUCUAUUUUUCCAAAGAUUGAGUUAUUGCAGUUAUUUUUGGUUGUGUCUACUGAAGACUGUUUAGAAAUAUUUUUAAUAAAUGAGUGUGGUUCCUUGUUGGCAAAAAUAAUUCCUUAAAAUGCCAUUAAGUCAUUUCGUUCUUUAUGCAUUUAUCAUGUAAUUUGAUAAAUAUAAUGUCACAUUUAGAAUGAUCCAAAAAUCAAUUUAAAAAAAUGGAUCAAUGUGAACGCGCCUUUAGAUUUAUUUGACAUUUGCCAAAUGUCAUUGUUGCUUUUGUUUAACUUUUUGACAGCUAAGUUUAUUUCUAAUUGUAAGUUAAUCCAUUAAAGAAAUUACAGACAAUGAUUUUAUUGUUGUGGAUUUGUUUAAAAUAUACAUUAUCGUUUGUGCCAUCCACAAAGACGCGUCUCACUAUAUUCUUGAUUGAGGGGGCGAAGUGCGAGGAGUUUGACAAGAGCGAGCAGCUGCAAAGAGCAUAUAAUCACUACAUUCUCUCUAUUUCCAACUCCUUACGCUUGUAAUAUUAGUUGUAAAUUGUUGAGCAAUACACUUUUUGUUUGUCGUGACACUCAUGACAUCUAGUGCCAAGUAGCGGUACGAAAAUAAGCAGUAUUUUGGUUACAAGGAUGUCAAGGAAAUUAUCCGUCUAUGUCUAUGUAGUGUGUGUAUUAAUCUAUUCUACGGGACGCUUUGUCGCGGUCACAGACAGCCACACCAAGAUAUGUACCGUGAAGGUUGGAAACCUUCACAGUCUCAAGAUAGAUAACUGGCAACGAUUAUUUGAAUUCAGAACUAUCGCCCUGCUAAAGGAAUAAAGAUCUGCAGGAGAUUUCAUUCUGAAAGUAGCAAGCAUCUGAGUUAGUCGAUAUUACUGUAUUUCGUUUAUGAAGAAAAAAAUAUAUUAUCAUCAGAAAUCUACCUGGAGCGUUUACAUUCCCCACCUCAGUUAGACCGUAUCUCUUUUACAGUACAUUAUGUACAUGCUACAGUCAGCGUCAAAUACUUCGUAGCAGUCUAAGUGGCCAAAUAGUUCGGUACACCAUACUAAAUAUAUGGUGUACCGAACUAUUUGGCUACUUUGACUGCUACGAAGUAUUUGACGCUGACUGUACAAUGAAAUCACUUAUAAAAAGAUCCCCAGGGAAAAUCAGUCUGUGAGAAACACAUUAAUUCUGUAAUAGGAAAAAUCAGUGCAAUAAUGAAUCUAUGCAAAACACGGGUAAGAAUGUGAAACAGUCUGAAGUAUUAGCUCUAAAUAUUGACAAUAUUAGGAAGAAAAGGUUUGAAGAAUUGACAAAUAAAAAUA